UGACCUUUUACCUCACAUCUUCUAUUGUGAACUGAUCUUGUGGAAGGUGUUUAGUUUCCAAUCAGUUCUUGGAUUUGACAUUUGAUCUGUCUGAGGUAACUUGACAGCGAUACAAAUUCCCUUCUACCCGUUUGAAUAAAUAAUUCAAAAUAUCUCGAUCAUAAUGGGCGGAUGGCCGCUCGAAGUCGGCAAAAUGGCCUUGUACAUGACCUUCCCGGUCGCCUUAUUUCACUUCUUCAAUCAACCCGCAUAUUUCGAGGAAUGGGUGACGAAAACCAAGCGUGAAAUAUACCCACCCGAGAACAAGAGUCACCGCGAAGAAAUCGAGGAGGCGAUACGACAAAUGCGAGCGAAAAAAGAUGAAGAAAUGAUUCGAGCUCUGGAGGAAUUCGAAGCCAAAGAAAAGGCGGCCGCCAGGCACUAGUAUUUUGCUUAGUUGUAUUGCGUAGUGAAUUCCAGUUUAUGAUGUGAAAACUGUGAAUAAAAGUUUAGGAAAUAAGAA